AUGUGGACAGCGGGUAAUGCAUACCCUUCCACCAUCGACCUCGAAAAAACUGCAGCUGACAGCAAGAUUCAGUAUAUAAUCCGAGUAUUUAAUUUUCUAUACUCUUUACCACAACUCUUCAAGCUUGUGCCAUGUCCCCGACAUCGCUUACCGAAGUUUAAUCCGGAAACGAAUAAGGUUAGCCUGAGUAUGGCUGAGUUCAAAGAAUCGGAUUUCAAAUUUCUCGGAAAUUUUACUCUCAAACUGUUCUCCGCGUUUGGUCUACUUCACAGCAGAAGUUUUGAUAGAGAUGGGACGAGGCAAGUGCUCGUUAUUUUUCUUCGAGAGAUGUUCGACUUUCUCUCUAAAUAG